AACGGGAGAAAAAAUGUAAAUUCUGUGAAUCAGUUAUAAGUAUUGCUGAUGAAGAAAGUCACUUGAGCAACUGUAUAGGAUUGAAUCCAGUCAGGGACAAAGAAGAAUCUUAUGCAGCCACAAAUUUGACAUCUUAUAAUACUGCAGUUGGAGGUUACAAAGCAAGAGAGAGAGACAGAAAACCUACAGCAGGUUUUGGACAGCAGACAAAAUCUAGUUGUUGUUCAGCCAGUCCUUGCAAGAAAGAUACCAAAGUCUGUAUGUUCUGCAAGGAUAAAAUCCCUAAGUGUGAGGAGAGAAGGCAUUUAGAAGUCUGUGCAUUUAAAGAACAUGAUAAAUCUCAUAAGAUUGCUCCAGCAAAUGAUGAAUGGGAAAAAAGAGAUGGCAAAAACAGUGGUGCAGUUUCAAAAUAUUCGAAAUUUUCCAAUAAAGUGGAAUCUAGUUUGAAAAAAUGCAUCUAUUGUGAUGUGUACUUCGAUGCUAUUUUGGAUCCUAAACAUAUGGAUGAAUGCAUACCAAAUUUGGGACAAUGUACCUUAUGUUACACAGUAGUGACCAUAGGAAAUUUUAAGAAGCAUUUGGAAAAUGAUUGUUUGAAAAAUAAAGAUGAUGAAAAGUGGUCUAAAGCUGGUUCAAAAAAGAAAGGAAAGAAUAAAUCAAAUAUGAGUUCUUCAGCUCCUCCAAAAGGAUCAAAUAUUUGGAACUUCUUCAAGAAAUUCACUGCAGAUUACGGAAUGUCGUCAGGAUAUGAUGCAACUGUGGAGAAUACUGGGAUUUAUGAAGCAGACCGUGACUUCUCAUUAGUUUAUGAAAAAAGUGCAUCUGAAAUAAAACUGCCUUGUGAAUUUUGCGAAGAAUUAUUUUCUAUGGUGUCAUUAGUUGAACAUCAGUCUGGAUGUCGGCCUGAUCUUGUUCAUUUUCCACCAAAUCAUGAUAGACAAGAUGUAAGGAAAGCUUCAGACUUAUUGGCAACAAAUUUUUUGGAUGAAAAUUCAUUUCCUGCUGAUAAAGAAUUUACUUUGCCUGAAAUGAAAAGAAAGUUAAAUAGAAAUCUUUUUUCUCGAUUUGAGACUGAUGCUGCUCCUGGGUCAUUUUUGGAAGAGUAUAACACUUUUGAGGAGAAAAAUCAUCAGUAUUCUGGAAAAGAAGAAUAUGAAUUUAAUUAUGUUGCAAAUCUCAGUUCAAAAAAUUCAAAUAUGAAAAAUAAUACAAAUGCGGUUGAAACUUUGCCUACAAAAAACACCAGUAUCAGUAGUAAGAAUUUAGAAAUUCAUAAACCAGAAUUUUCAAGCUCACUGCCCAUUCCUCAUGCUACGGGUUCUAACUUUAAGAUAGAACAUAUUACUGAAAAGGAGUCACAUUUUUCACUAGGUGAUUGCAAAAAUGAUGAAAAUGAAAAUAUAAAGAUUAAAACAUUUAGUAAUCAAAAUAAAGUAAUUGAUUCAGACAGUUCAGAUGAAAGUAUUGAUGAUGUAAAAAGUAAAAAAUUUAGCAGUCGAAGCGAAAUAAUUGAUUUAAGUAGUUCAGAUGAAAAUAUUGCUGAAGAUGUAAAAAGUAAAAAAAAUAGUAAUAAAAAUGAAACAACAAAUUUAAGUAGCUCAGACGAAAGUAUUGAUGGAGAAAACAUUGAUGCAUAUAUUACGUAUUUGUCCAAGAAACAUGAAAUCCCGGAUAUGAACGAUGAUGAAAUCAAACGCGAUAUUUAUCACUUGGAGGAAAGUUUAUCAGCCCCACACAAAUCUGAAUUGGUUUCAAAAUAA